AUGGUCAAGAAAUUCGUGCCUCGGCAGAGGAAGCACAAGGUCCUGGCGCGGCAGAAGGCCAGCGGAUCAGGACAGGAUGAUGGCGCAGAGGUUCCCAUUGCCGACAGCAAUGCGCUGGAAAUUAUCCCUAGCAAAAAGGAUGUUGAAACCAAGAAAAUGCGCGAAGAGCUAAAGGAUCAGGGUGUCAAAGUCAGUGGCAAGAAGGCCAAGAGACUCGAAAAGUACAUCGACAACAAGCUCCAAAAUGACGAGAACAAGGCGCUGCUGGCAAAGCUGGCCAACAACAAGGUCGAUACUAGCUUGUUCUUCAGCACUCGCACUCUGGGUCAAGGCAAGGAGACCAAGAAGCAGGCUCUGAAGAGAGCUCUACAGGAACACAAGGCUGGCCUGCGCGAUGAUGAAGAUGAAGAGCUAUUUGAGCAAAGAAAAGACUCUGAUGACGAGUCUGACUCGUUGGAAGCCAUUCAACAAGCAAUCAAGCCAGCAACGAAACCCGUAGCACAACCCACACUGAAAGUGGCAGCUCCCAAGCCUCAGGAAAAGUCAGAGCCGAUCCAGGAGGAACCUCAGCCUGCUGCUACCGCCUCAAGUGCAUCAAUACAAAAGCCAGCACAGAUUGGUUCCGGCUUAAAGCGUCCGCUGGACCUCGGCGAAGAUGGUCGCCCUGUAAUCCAAAAGCGCCAGAAGCGCGGUGGCGUCGCAUCCAAAUUGUCAGCACCAAAGCUACCUGAGCCAGAAAGCGAGUCUGUUUCAGAAUCGGGAGAAGAUGAAUGGAGUGGUCUCAGUUCAGGGGAUGAAGACCACGACGACGAAGACUCUAAGGACGCAGAUAUGCAAGAGGAUGAAUCCUCCGAAUCCGACUCUGAAUCAGAUGACGAAGACAUGUCGGAUGACGACAGCGACGAGGAUGCCAACGAACAGCAGGAAAAUACGAAACAGCGCUCCUCUGCUUUCAAGGCUUGGGCUCACCAGCAGAGGAAUGAGGCACUUGGAUACCAACCCAUUGAGCCAACUGCUGCAUUAUUGGAUAUACCAAAACCGGAGAAUUUCAAGCCGAGACCCAUGGAACAGGAUCCAUUACCUCUGGAAUUACAAGCAACGGCAGACGACGACCGGAAAGCCUACAGUGUGCCUGUGAUACGAUCAACGGAGAUUCAAGAAGCAAGAAUGAACUUGCCAGUUGUGGCAGAGGAACAAAAGAUUAUGGAAGCCAUCCACAACAACAAUAUCGUUGUAAUCUGUGGUGCCACGGGUUCCGGAAAGACGACGCAAGUUCCACAAUUCCUUUUCGAAGCUGGAUAUGGAUCACCUGAUUCUCCAACACCUGGUUUGAUAGGUGUCACUCAACCAAGAAAGGUCGCUGCCGUCAGUAUGUCAAAAAGAGUAGGGCAGGAAUUAGGAAACCACUCGGAAAAGGUGGCUUACCAAAUCCGGUUCGAGGGCACAGCUGAUGAGAAGACGGCCAUAAAGUUCAUGACUGAUGGUGUGCUUCUGCGUGAGGUUUCAAGUGAUAUUGCCCUGAGAAAGUACUCGGCCGUCAUUAUCGACGAGGCUCACGAGAGAAGUGUCAACACGGAUAUUCUCAUUGGUAUGCUCAGCCGUGUCGUCAAGUUGCGUCAAGAAUUAGCAGACGAGGACUCGACCGUGAAGCCCUUGAAGCUCAUAAUCAUGUCUGCAACUCUGAGGAUAGAUGAUCUUGUCAAGAACCCCACACUGUUUUCUACACCACCUCCGGUACUCGAUAUCGAGGGAAGACAAUUCCCAGUCACUAUUCACUUUGCCCGCCAAACCAAGCACGAUUACGUGGAUGAAGUAUUCAAAAAGAUCACCAGGGGCCACAAGAAGCUACCACCAGGAGGCAUGCUCGUGUUCUUGACAGGCCACGACGAGAUUUCACGGUUGAGCAAGAAAUUGAAGCAAGCUUCCGGAGGAUGGACUUCGGCGGCUUUGCCCAAAGUGAGGAUGUCUGCCAACGAUGCGCCUUUGGAGAUUGAAGAUAUCGAAUUCGGUCAAACAAACGAUACGACCCAGGACGACUUUGAUGAGCUGAAUUUUAUUGAUGAAGACGAAGAGGAGGAGGAUGACAAGGAGUUUGAUAUACCCGAUGAGGAGGGAGGAACCGGUCCGCUGAAAAUGCACAUCUUGCCUCUUUACUCGCUCCUCCCCACCCGAGAGCAGAUGCGAGUUUUUGAGCCUCCGCCCGAAGGACACCGACAGAUUGUCAUAGCCACCAACGUAGCCGAGACGAGUUUGACCAUCCCAGGCACGCGUUAUGUCUUUGACUGCGGAAGAGCCAAAGAGCGGCGAUUCGACAAGGAAAGUGGCGUGCAAAGUUAUGAGAUUGGUUGGAUCAGCAAAGCGAGUGCAAACCAGAGAUCUGGUCGUGCUGGUCGAACAGGUCCAGGACACUGCUAUCGACUCUACUCUUCAGCCGUGUAUGAGAGAGAUUUCGUUGAGUUUGCUGAUCCAGAGCUUCUCAAGAUGCCCAUCGAGGGCAUCGUGCUACAACUCAAAGCAAUGAGACUCCAGCACGUUGUAAACUUCCCAUUCCCGACGCCGCCGAACAGAUUGAGUCUGGCAAAGGCCGAGAAGCUGUUGACAUACCUUUCGGCAAUCACGCCAGAAGGUCAAGCAACAGAUAUUGGUACAACCAUGGCCAAAUUUCCUCUGCCGCCACGGUUUGCCCGUAUUCUGCUCAUCGGUCAUCUCCAUGACUGUAUACCAUAUACCGUCGCACUUGUGGCCGGACUGUCCGUCCAGGAAAUAUUCAUCCCCGAGGGUGUCGCGAUACCUGCAAUCUCAGACAGGGAAGAGGGAACCUUCCGCACAAAUGAGGAUGUCCUGGCAGAAACACAAGCAGCACGCGCAAGGCAAAAGUACAACAAGAUCCACCAAAACUUCCGCUCCCUCGACGACGCGUCCGACGCCAUCAAGCUGCUGCAAGUUGUUGGAGAGUUUGCGCAUGACCCUAGCGAGCAGUGGUGCGAGAACCAUUUCGUCCGCUUCAAGGCUCUUCAGGAGGCGCAGAAGCUCCGCAAGCAAAUCACCAGUCUCCUGCAAAAGGAUAUUCCCGCCUUUGCCAAUUUGACAUACCAGGACAAGCUCGAUCGACCUUCUCCCAAGCAAAUCAGCGCCCUCAAGCAGAUGGUAGCCGCCGGCUUCAUUGACCAAGUCGCCAUCCGCGGCGAUCUGGCUCCCAACCCGCCCGAGAUGGGCAGAAAGCCUCGGCGUGCCAUUGACGUGCCAUAUGUGCCACUGCACCCGAUUGACUCACUGAGCGCCGACGACGUUGAAAAGUGUGUCUACAUUCAUCCCUCGUCGUCUCUCUCGCACUAUAGUCCUCAGGAGUGCCCCGAGUAUAUUGUGUACUCGCACCUCCAGCGGGCAUCCCCAGGCGUGGAUGCCGUCAAGAUACCCAAAACGAGGAUGAUUGCCUUGACCAACGUGACGGGCGCACAGCUUGCUGCCCUGGCCAAGGGUACGCCGCUGCUCACGUAUGGAAAGCCAAUCAAGGAGGUCAAGACGAAUGAUCCCAACGUGAGGGAGAGUUUCGUAGUGCCAUACCUCAGGGCUGAGAGCGCCGGUGGUCAAGGCUGGCCAUUGCCGGUCAAGAAGGUUAUACAGAAAAAGGUUCCCGGAAAAGGAUGGGUCGCACAAUAA